GGUCUUCGUGACGUUGUACAACCCUUUUUCAGCCAUCCUCAUCGUUGACCUCUAUUUCGUUUUUCGUUUACUCUGGUAUAACAGUUCUGCUUUUCAAUGGCCACAUCCACUUCAUCUCCUCGGUCCGAUACUGUAUCCAGACCCUACUCACCGCAACAGCAGCGACAGUCGAACGUUCCAUCCCAUCCACUCCAACAACAGCAACAGCUACCGUUACCCCAGAGACAAGCAAUAUCACAACAACAACAGGGCGACGACGACGGUCAAGCACCGCAUGUCCUGUCCUUGAAAGUAAUGCGACUGUCGCGUCCAUUGCUAGCCACCAAUAGCCCCAUUUAUUACGAGGCGGCCGAGAAACCCAACUCGUUGGUGGAAGGGCUUGAAUCGCUGAACAUCUCUGAUCUUGCAGCUUCUCAUCCUGUUCUUGCCACGGAGAACAUUCAAAUUCGCGAUUUCGGACUGAGUGAAAUGCUCCAACUGCCUUCGAAUUUUGGAAAUAUAUACCUGGGAGAGACGUUUAAUACGUUUAUAAGCAUCAGUAACGAAAGCGAUCAAGCCGUCCAUCAAGUAGGCGUGAAAAUCGAACUACAAACUUCCUCACAGCGAUUCAUGCUGUCCGACACGACGACCGUACCGCGCACCACGCUCGAACCUUAUUCGACCCAUGACGUGACUGUAUCGCAUGAAAUCAAGGAAUUAGGGGUUCAUAUUCUGGUGGGAUCGGUGCAUUACACUUCAGCUGAUGGCAAAAAAAGGCAUUUUCGCAAAUUCUACAAAUUUCAAGUAUCGAACCCUCUCGCCGUAAAAACAAAGCUGAAUAACAUGGCGGACGGUCGAGUUUUUCUCGAGGCUCAACUGCAGAAUGUCUCUGCUGGGCCGAUGUACCUUGAACGCAUGAAAUUUGAAUCAUCCGAACAUUUUACACAUCAAGAUCUCAACUUCAAAGUGCCUUCCGGCGAUCCAUCCAGUGAUCAAAACGAAACUUCCGUCUUUCACACCCAGUUUAUUCACCCGCAAGAUGUACGUCAGUAUCUGUAUAUGCUUAUUCCUCGCGAAUCAAGUAAUAAACGCAUUGCUCGAACCACCAAUGCGCUGGGUAAACUGGAUAUCAUGUGGCGAUCGGCGAUGGGCGAUCUUGGCCGACUGCAGACGUCGCAACUUACACGUAAAGCUCCAAUGCUGGAAGAGAUUGAAGUGCAACCAUUCUGGAUCAUGCCGGGCCCCGUGAAGGUUGUCUUGGAAACCCCUUUCAGGCUCGGCAUACGAGUUCACAACCAUUCGAAUCAAAAUAUGAAACUUGUCUUAUCAGCUGUGAAAACGAAAAUGGGAUCAGCUUUAUUGAGCGGAUUAAGUAGUCGACAUUUGGGCGAAGUGGGUGCCAACCAAUCCAUAGAGACACAGCUAGAUUUCUUCCCUUUAACGCCUGGAUUGCAACGGGUAGGAGGCUUACGCGUCAUGGAUCUGCUAACGGGAUAUACGAAAGAAGUGGAUCAUUUAUGCGACGCUUUUGUUUUAACCGAAUAAAGCAAUUACGGCAUGGGUUAUACAUACAUAACUACACACAAAUUAC